CUACAUUUACCGUCAGGCAGCGCGCCGCAGGACCAAGCCGCCCGCGCAACGCUCGUCGAUUCCGCGCACGACAGAGGUAGUCGGAAGCGCUCAGGCCGCCGCGUUAAAUAGUUACCGAUCGAAUAGGAUCGAGCGGUUUUCUUUUUUUUAAACAAAAGGGCUGGCUGUCAAAAAUAAUAGCCGCCGGUCGAGAGCGAAAAGGAAACGCGCAGAAGGACGAGCGGAGCCCAAUCAACGGAUCCGUCCGGCCCGGCGCCCUCUCUGAUUGGUCUCGGCGGGGCGGGGAACACCACGUGACAUGCUCUGACCCCGCCCAUUCCACGCCCCGCCCACGGUCACCGCCGCCGCCAUGGUUUCCCGGAGGCAGGAGAGGCUGCUGCGCUACGUGGAGGACGGGAAUGUGCUGAAGUUGAAGUCAUACCUACACAAGCACUGCGGCCUUUCGGUGACGUUCGCGGGUCACAAGGGCCGCAGCCCGCUGCACGUGGCCUGUGCCCGCAGAGAUGACGCCGCCGCGAGGCUGCUGCUGAAACAUGGAGCAGACCCUCUGCUCCAGGACCGCAGGGGGAACACUGCGCUGCACCUGGCUGCCCGCCAGGCGGUGAAGAAGGGAGGCAGAGUUUACGAGGAUCUGGUCGUACCUCUCAGGAAGGCUUGUCCAGCGGCUAUGAGUGUGCUCAAUGAGGAUGGAGUCACUCCAGAAGACCUGCUCAGGUCAAUGAAGACACAGCAGCGAUGGCCAGGGCCCAAGGAAGAGAAUGAUGCAGCGAAGGAUCGAGCUGACAGGGAGUGGUACCAGAAGCUAUUCGCUGAAUACGAGGCUGAAUUCUACACCGAAUGUGGGCGCUAUGAAGAGGACCUGUCCAUGGGUGACGCCGAGCCUCAGACGUACGAUGCCUGGGCAGAGCGCCUGACGAGGGAGUACGCGGCCAAGAGGUCCCGAGGAGCAGGCACCAGGAGCAGGCAGCGAGCGCCAGAGAGGGAGGAGGCUGGCAAGGAGAAGGAGCAGCUGGAGGCAGAGCACCGGCAUUACCUGGAGCGGGCACACAGACACCAGGAGGAGCGGGCACGCAGCCACAAGGAGCGGUAUGAGCGUGCUUGCACCAACAUCUUUGAGCGGGCCUCUGCCGGCUCUCGGCCCCUGACCUACAGGGAUAUCCCGUGGCCCAUGCCCGGGGGCACAGUGGAGGAGAUGGUGGCGGUGAUCUUGCACGGUGCAGAGCACUCAGAUCCAGGCACCUACCGCCGGUACCUGAAGGGGCAGCAGGCCAUGUGGCACCCCGAUCGCUUCACCCAGCGCUGCGGGGACCGGCUGGCACAGGGUGACCGCCAGAGGAUCCUCAACACUGUGACUGCCCUCUCACAGGCCCUCAACAAGUUGGCCAACAGCACGCGACGAUGACUCUGGCCAGCACCAACCCAAUGGGCAGAGGGGCCUCCUCCUGCAUUCUGUCAUUUCGAGCCCCGUCUUCGCCCCACCUCCACCCCGUGCGUGGGCAAGGCGGGGGCGGGGCAAUGUCAGGAAUUCUCCAAUCCCCACCCCACUCUCCACCCAAUGAGAGUCAAAUGCAGAGUUUUGUCUCUGUUAGAAAACAGCCCCAUCUCGUUCCAACCCAAAUUACCCGCAGUACUCGCCCUGGGGGCAAUGUCACACGAUCAGACAAUUAAAAAGAUGGGCACGACCUGGCUGGGGAACGAAAUCAAACGCUCAGUGGUUAGCGCUGCUGCCUCACGAUGCCAGGGACCCCGGUUCAAUACCACCCUCAGGCGACUGUCUGUGCGGAGUUUGCACGUUCUCCCCAAGUCUGUGUGGGUUUCCUCUGGGUGCUCUGGUUUCCUCCCACAGUCCAAAGCUGGACAGGUUAGGGUAGGAUUGGCCAUGCAAAAUUGUCCCAUAAUGCCCAGGGAUGUGCAGGUUAGGGUGGAUUGGCCGUGCUAAAUUGUCCCAUAGUGCCCAGGGAUGUGCGGGUGAGGGUGGAUUGGCCGUGGGAAAUGGUCCCAUAGUGCCCAGGGAUGUGCGGGUGAGGGUGGAUUGGCCUUGGGAAAUGGUCCCGUAGUGCCCAGGGAUGUGUAGGUUAGGGUGGAUUGGCCGUACUAAAUUGUCCCAUCGUGCCCAGGGAUGUGCAGAUUGGCCGUGGUAAAUGUGGCGUUAUGGGGAUUAUGAGGAAGCCUCAGUCUGUGUGGGAUACUCUUUGGUGCAGACUCCGUGGGCCAAAUGGUCUCUCUGCAUGCCUUAGGAAUUCUAUCAUUCCCUGAAAAUGAGCGCUGACCGGGCAGAUAAUGCCACCCCCAGUGAGUGUUGGAUUUCAGAAAUGUAGGGAAGUGCUGUUCCACGUAGAAACCACGCAGCCAGUUCGCCCACAGUACAUCGUUACACACAUACACACGCACCAGAAAGAGCUGAUCUUGUUUGUGCUGUUUGUAGGUUUAUUGUAUGUUAUUAUUUAUUCCAGAAUAAAAAAAAAUCUGGUACCAAAUUAA